CGGAGGCGAAGAACUCCGUGUGGCGGCGGCUGCUGCAGGCCGCUCUGCGGCCUUGGCGGCAGCCUCCGAGCGACAGACAAACCUCUGAGAGCCGGGUCCAGGCCCUGCUCCUGCCCCGGGCCCGGCUCGCGUUCCCGCCCGCGCUCCCGCCGCCGCGCGCUGUUGUCAUGGAGGAUCCAAGAUGGCGGCGCUGGCGUACACGCGCGGGCGGCGCGAGAUCAACCAGUACUUCAGUGUGAGCAGCGCCAAAGGGCUCGCGCUGGCAGCCGUGCUCCUGCUGGCCGCCGGCCACGCCGCGCUGCGCUACUAUCCGGGCCAUGACUCCUGCGAACACCUGGUCUCCAGCGGGCGGUUCCUGGGAGAGAAGGUCUGGCAGCCGCACAGCUGCAUGAUGCACAAAUACAAAGUCAGCGAAGCCAAGGACUGCCUGGCGGACAAGCGCGUCGCCUUCGUGGGGGACUCCAGGAUUCGCCAGCUGUUCUCUUCUUUCGUAAAAAUUAUCAACCCCCAAUUCAGAGAAGAAGGAAACAAGCACGAGCACAUCCCCUUUGAAGACAAGGCGGCGGCGCUCAGAGUGGAUUUCCUGUGGCACCCCGAAGUGAAUGCUUCCAUGAGACAAUGUGUCAAGGUGUGGACCGAGGAGCCUGCGGGGAAGCCCCACGUCGUCGUAGCGGGGGCCGCCACGUGGUCCAUCAAGGCCCACAACGGCAGCGAGGAGGCCCUCGCCCAGUACCGGGCCAACCUCACGGCGCUGGCCCCGCUUUUGGAGAAACUGGCCAAGGGCAGUGACGUGUACUGGGUCCUGCAAGAUCCCGUCUACGAGGACCUGCUCAGCGAGAACCGGCGCAUGAUCACCAACGAGAAGAUCAGCGCCUACAACGAGGCCGCCAUCGGCGUCCUCAACGGCAGCGCCAAGAACGCCAAGUCCAGGGUCCGAGUGUUCAGCGUCUCCCAGCUCAUCGCCCAGGAGACCAUCAUGGAGUCCGUGGACGGCCUCCACCUCCCCGAGUCCAGCCGGGAAACGAGCGCCAUGAUCCUCAUGAACGUGUGCUGCAACAAGGUGGUGCGGCCCAUCGACGGCUCCUGCUGCCAGCCGCCCGCGGCCCCCACGCUCACGCAGAAGCUGGCGGCCGGCUUCUUCGUCCUCGCGGUGGCCGGCUGCCUGGCCCUGCACCUGGCGCAGCGCCACGGCCCCCGGCGGGCCCGGCCCUGCGCCGACGCGGAGCUGGGCGAGGAGAAGAAGGCGGCGCCCGCGCCCCCCGCCUGCCCCUCGGAGGUGGUGCUGCAGUCCUGCUGCAAGCUGGGCCUGAUCAUGGCCUACUUCUACCUCUGCGACCGGGCCGACCUCUUCAUGAAGGAGAACAAGUUCUACACCCACUCCUCCUUCUUCACCCCCAUCAUCUACAUCCUGGUUCUGGGCCUCUUCUACAACGAGAGCACCAAAGAGACCAAGGUGUUGAACAGGGAGCAGACGGAGGAGUGGAAGGGCUGGAUGCAGCUGGUCAUCCUCAUCUACCACAUCUCGGGGGCCAGCACUUUUUUGCCUGUGUAUAUGCACAUUAGAGUUCUGGUUGCUGCAUAUCUAUUUCAAACAGGUUACGGGCACUUCUCAUACUUUUGGAUCAAAGGAGACUUUGGGAUCCACCGAGUGUGUCAGGUUUUGUUUCGGCUCAAUUUCCUGGUCGUGGUGUUGUGCAUUGUGAUGGACCGGCCUUACCAAUUCUACUACUUUGUGCCCCUGGUCACCGUGUGGUUCUUGGUCAUCUACGUCACCUUGGCGUUGUGGCCGCAGAUCACCCAGAAGAAAGCCAACGGAAGCUGCUUCUGGCACUUGGGCCUGCUGAUGAAGCUCGGGCUCCUCUUCCUCUGCAUCUGCUUCCUGGCCUAUUCUCAGGGGGCGUUUGAGAAGAUCUUUUCCCUUUGGCCUCUGUCCAAGUGCUUUGAGCUAAAUGGGAAUGUCUACGAGUGGUGGUUCCGGUGGAAACUAGACCGCUAUGUGGUGUUCCACGGCAUGUUGUUCGCCUUUGUGUACCUGGCUUUGCAGAAGCGCCAGGUGCUCUCGGAGGGCAAGGGGGAGCCCCUGCUCCCCAACAGGAUGUCCAACCUGCUCCUCUUUGUCUCCGUGGUCUCUUUCUUGACCUACUCCAUCUGGGCCAGCAGCUGCAAGACCAAGGCCGAGUGCAACGAGCUCCACCCAGCCGUGUCCGUGGUGCAGAUCCUCGCCUUCGUCCUCAUCCGCAACAUCCCGGGAUACGUCCGCUCCGUGUACAGCUCCUUCUUCGCUUGGUUUGGGAAAAUCUCCUUAGAGCUCUUCAUCUGCCAGUACCACAUCUGGCUGGCGGCCGACACCAGGGGCGUCCUGGUGCUCAUCCCCGGCAGCCCGACGCUCAACAUCACGGUCAGCACCUUCAUCUUCGUCUGCGUGGCCCACGAGAUCUCGCGCAUCACCAACGACCUGGCCCGCGUCCUCAUCCCCAAGGACAGCUCGGCGCUCUGGAAGAGGCUGGCCUGCCUCGCCGCCUUCUUCUCCGGCCUCCUCCUCCUCUCCGCCGUCCAAGGAGACCCGAGGCGGUAGCGGGGGCCGUGUGUUGGAUUUGGGGCCCGGGGCGGGGGAGAAGGGGGGGCUGUGCCUCGGGGGGCCAUGCCCUCCAUCCAGAAGCCCCCCUCCCCCCGCUCCCGAGGCGACCCCCUUUCUUCUCCGUUCGGGAAGUCCUUCCCGGCUCCGCGAGGGCUCGCCUGCCAGCCGGGGGCCCUCCCCUUUGUGUUUGGUCCGCGCUGACUCUCGUAGGGAUUUAUUUAUCUGUUGUACAGAUGGGCUUAUGAUUUUUAUGGUUCAGAAGAUUGCACUUGUUUGGGGGGGUGGGGGGUAAGUAUAUUUUCUGUUGCUGUUCCGUGAAUGUGUGAAGUAAUUUAAGAAGUCCCCGACCGUUCCAUUGGAUGCUUAUUUUUGUAUUGGCAAGAGAUCAAUUAAAGUGCUUGCUUCCUG